AUGGAUUAUAAGCAGGAAGAUUUAACGGGUGGUAAUCUUGAAUGGACGAAUAAACCAUAUGCUAAAUAUAUAUUUCGUUUUACUGCUCUUUUAAGUUUUAUUUCAACAUGUAUGAAUACACCAAAAACAUUUGAAAUUUAUCCAUUUCUACAAUAUACAACAUUUAUCAUCGACAUAAUUUGUGCAAUUAUAUUGACCAUUGAAGCAGCUGUCAAAAUGAAAACUCGAGGAAUACUUUUUAAUGAUUUAUCUUAUUUACGUGAUCCAUGGAAUCAAUUUGAUGCGAUUAUGGUUUUAAACAUCUAUUUUUCUAUAAUGUUACAAAUGUUCGAAUUGAUUGGCAUUAUAAAUAAAUAUUCAUACUUGACGAUAAUUCGUUCAACACGUUCAUUUAUUCUUAUAAAUGUUCUUAAAACAUUUCUUAAAUUUAAAUUACCUAAAAGCCAAAUUAAAUCUAUUGUUCAACGUUCGAGUUCACAAAUUUAUAAUGUAACGGUGUUUUUUCUAUUCUUUAUGAGUUUAUAUGCCAUAAUAGGUGUACAAUUUUUUGGAUCACUUACAUUCCAUUGUGUUAGAAAUGGUACAGAUUUAAAUAACCUGACAAAGUCAGAUUUAAUGAUACCUGAUACAUAUUGUUCGCCAACAGAAGAUGGUUUUCAUUGUCCAGAAAAUUUUACUUGUCAAAAACUUGAAAUUCAACGAAAUUUACGUGGUUAUAAUGGUUUUGAUGAAUUAGCAACGAGCUUUUUUUCGGUUUAUGAAUCAGCUAGUCAAGAAGGUUGGGUAUUUCUUAUGUAUAAAGCUAUUGAUAGUCUUCCACCAUGGCGUGCAUAUUUUUAUUUUAUUACAUUAAUUUUUUUUCUUGCAUGGCUCGUCAAAAAUGUAUUCAUUGCCGUUAUUAUCGAAACAUUUGCUGAAAUUCGCGUUCAAUUUCAAGAAAUGUGGAGUUCAAGAGGUGCAUUAUCAGACAUUGAAACAACAAAAGUAGCUAAAAUGGAUAAUAAAACUUUAAAAUUAAUCGAUAGAGAUGAAAAUAAAAAGAAAGGUGCAGUACGAACUAUUUUUUUAAAAAUUGCUCAAUCAUCAAUAUUUACAACAAUUGUUAUGAUUGUUGUACUUGCAAAUGCAAUCUUUACUGCAACAAUCAAACACACACACAAUGAAAAAAUCGAUAAAGAAAAUCUUCGAUUUUAUCAUAAAAUUGAGACAUUAUUUACUUUAUUUUUUGAUCUAGAAGCACUUUUUAAAAUAUUUUCAAUGGCUUUUAAAAAUUAUAUUCGACGAUCAACAUAUAAAUUUGAAUUUAUUCUUGCAAUAGGAACAACAAUUCAUUGUAUUCCAGCAUUCUAUCGAACUGCUUUUACAUAUUUUCAAGUUUUACGUGUUGUUCGUUUACUUAAAUCAAGUCCAUUAUUAGAAGAUUUUAUUCAUAAAAUUUUUGGUCCGGGCAAAAGAAUUGGUAUUUUAAUUUUAUUUACUAUGUGUUUAUUAUUAAUAACAUCAGCAAUUAGUAUGCAAUUAUUUUGUUUCAUUAAAGGUCUUGAACAAUUUCAAACAUUUCCUCUAGCAUUUAUGUCUAUGUUUCGUAUUGCUAUGAAUGAUGGUUGGACAGAAGUUAUGUAUUUAGCUAUGGAUGAAAUCUAUGAAUUUGGAAUAUUCUUUUUAUGUCAAACAGCACUUUUCUUUAUUUUUUUUCAUUUAUUAACUAGUUCUUUAAAAUCACGUGAAGCUAGUGCUGAAAUUCAACAAAAAUUACCAUGGCGUUUACGUGUAUUUGAACAUUUUCCUGAACAUCCACAAAUGUUCCAAUUAUCAUGUUUACCGGAUGAAUUUAUGAUUCCAAAAGUUCGUGAUAGUUUUAUGCGUCAAUUUCUUAAUCAAGAUCAUAUUUAUUCAUAUACACCAGAAUUUUCAAUGAACAUGUAUAAUAAAAGGCAUACAAUGAAAAUAUUACAUUUGCCAGAAUGUCGAUCCACAGGUGAAACAAUGAAACGAUCAGCUGUCACCAAUAUUAUCAAAAAUACAAAUAAUCAACGUUUAUUAAGUGGCGAUGCUAAUCAAGUACAUAUAGCAAGUAUAAGUGAUCAUACAUUGUCAGUAUGUGUACAAGAAAAUAAUAUUCAACUUGAUCGAAAAAAUUCCAUGCAUCGUUCAGGUUAUCCACCAAAAUCGGUACAUAUUAUAUGUGAAAAUAGUGAUGUUGGUACAUUAAAUGGAGGAAAUCAAGAUGAUUAUGAUAUUAAAAUAUUUCAAUAUAGAAAACAACAAGCUGAAUUAAAACGAAAUCAACAGGAAGAAGAUCUUCGUGAAAAUCAUCCAUAUUUCGAUACACCUUUAUUUACAAUCGGACGUGAAAGUAAUAUUCGAAAAGUUUGUCAACUUCUUGUUGAAGCUCGUUAUCAUAUUAAUACAAAAGAUUCCUUUGGACAAGAAUUAAAACUUAGUCAAUAUAAACAAGGACAUAAAUUGCUUGGUUUGGUUACAUAUCUUGAUUGGAUUAUGAUACUUGUAACAAUUUUAUCAACAGUUAGUAUGUCAUUUGAAACACCUGUUAAUCGAGUUGUUGGUCAACCUUUAUUACAAAUAACUGAGUAUGUAUUUGUUAUAUCGAUGAGUGUUGAAUUAACAUUAAAAAUGUUUGCACAUGGUUUAUUUUUUACACCAAAAGCAUUAAUUCGAGAUAUUGGUGGAUUUAUUGAUGUUGCAGUUUUUUUUGUUGGUCUUAUUUUUCUUUGUUGGUUACCGCGAAAAGUUCCGGCAAAUAGUUUUGCUCAAUUUCUUAUGCUUCUUCGAACAAUACGACCUUUGAGAAUUUUUAUUUUAGUACCUGAUAUGAGAAAAAUUGUUUAUGAAAUUUGUCAAGGAUUUAAAGAAAUUCUAUUGGUAUCAAUUUUAUUCGUUGUAUUAAUGUUUAUUUUUGCUAUUUAUGGUAUUCAAAUCAUUGGUGGACAAUUAGGACGUUGUAAUGAUGAAAAAUAUUAUAAUAAUAAAAAAUUAUGUCGUGGAACAUUUUGGAGAAAGCUUUAUGUAUCAAAAAUGAAUAUUGGUGGAGCUGAUCCUGUUAUGUUAGUACCACGUGUAUGGGCAAAUCCACAUAGUUUUAAUUUUGAUUCUAUUGGUAGUGCUAUGUUAGCUCUUUUUGAAGUUCUUUCCCUUGAAGGAUGGCUCGAUAUUCGUGAUAUUAUUAUGGAUCGUAUGGGUCCAAAUCAUGUUAUCUUUGUUCAUAUAUUUGUGUUUAUUUGUUCAUUAAUUGGUUUAAAUUUAUUUGUUGGUGUUGUUAUGGCAAAUUAUUCAGAAAAUAAGGGAACAGCUUUAUUAACAGUUGAUCAACGUCGUUGGAUGGAUUUAAAAGGUCGUAUAAAACUUGCACAACCAUUACGUAUACCACCUCGACUAAAAUAUAGCAAAUUUCGUUCGUACAUGUUUGAUAUAACACAAAAUGAUUUAUUUCAAAAAUCUUCUGCUAUACUUGUUUUACUUAAUUGUGCAUUACUUUAUAAACCAUGGAAUGUGAAUGAUAAAACAACACAAAAAUUAGCAUUAAUAUCAUCAUUAUUUACUUUUCUAUUUCUUGUUGAAGUUGUGAUGAAAUGUAUUGCACUUAAAUUUGUUGAUUAUUGGCAAUCACGUCAUAAUCGUUUUGAUUUAUUAGUUACUAUACUUGGUAUUAUUUGGAUUAUAUUAAAUAUUGUUUCGAUGAGCAAAAUUGAAUUUCAAGAAUUUAGUAAUACAUUUGGAUUUACGGUCAUUAUACUUCGAUUUUUUACUAUUGCUGGAAAACAUGCUACACUUAAAAUGCUUAUGUUAACAAUUAUUGUAUCAUUUUUUAAAUCAUUUUUUAUUAUUCUUGGUAUGUUUUUACUCAUGUUAGUUUAUGCUUUUGCUGGUGUUAUACUCUUUGGUUGUGUUAAAUUUGGUUCUGAACUUGGACGACAUGUCAAUUUUAAAACAGUACCUAAUGCUAUUGUUCUAUUAAUGAGAAUAGUUACUGGUGAAGAUUGGAAUAAAAUAAUGCAUGAUUGUAUGGUUGUACCACCACGAUGUACAUAUGGUGGAUCUUAUUGGGAAAGUGAUUGUGGAAAUUCAACAGCAUCGAUACUUUAUUUUUGUUCAUUCUACGUUAUAAUAACUUAUAUCGUAUUGAAUCUCCUUGUAGCUAUUAUAAUGGAAAAUUUUUCAUUAUUCUAUUCAAACGAAGAAGAUGCAUUGCUCAAUUAUACAGAUAUUCGUCAUUUUCAAACAGUUUGGAAUAUGAUUGAUACAGAACGUAAAGGUAUUGUACCAACUCGACGUGUUAAAUUUUUAUUAAAAUUACUUCAAGGAAGAUUAGAAGUAGAUACUAAUAAACUCUAUAAACAUAUGUGUUAUGAAAUUGACAAAUUAAAUAAUGGUAAUGAUGUAACAUUUCAUGAUGUACUUAAUAUGUUAGCUUAUCGUUCGGUUGAUAUUCGAAAAUUCUUACAAUUUGAAGAAUUACUUGCUCGUGAAGAACUUGAAUCUUUAAUUGAAGAAGAAGUAGCAAAGUUAACUAUACGUAAUUGGCUUAAUAAAUGUUUAAGACGAAUUAAAGCAAAAGAUCACACAAAUGUUGUUAAAAAUCUUCAACAAGAUAAUGAUUUGUCAUUUUUUCGUGAAGCACAAGGAAUAACAGCAAAUGAAUUAUCAAAACGAACAACAGAUAAUGUAGUUAAUGAAGAUGAACGAGAAACGAAAAAUUUCGAUGAUCGACAACAGCAAAUACAAAAAGAUGUUGGCACAAAGAAACUUGAUAGACCAACAACAUUUCCAAUAGCUUCAGAUGAAUUUAAUAAUUCAAAUUAUGUAACACAAGCAGAUGUAAACGAUAUAUCUACUGAAUCUAAAGGAAUACGACGAUCCAUUCAACAGCAAAUACGACCAAAUAUUGGUUUUACAUUAAAGAAUGAAGAAUCUUAUUCAUGGGCAACAAAUCAUUUUAAUCAAGGACGAAAAGAUUUUGAAUCAUGGUGGGCUAAUCAGUUUUAA